CUUUCGCGGCUUCGAUGAACAAAAGAUCCGUUGGAUUUGCGUUUCAAACUGCCACCGCUAUUUUCUAUAAUUUGUUUCUGUUGUUCUACUCUUACAAAAUUUUCAGAUUGCUUAAUAAAUUCCGUGUCAAUUGUGUACUGUUUUUGUGUUUUGUGAUAAUUUGUUACUAACUGUGCUAAACACAUUGAAGACUGUUCUGGAUCCGUUCAUCAACUACUAGGAAGUUUGAAUCUAAACCUGGAACCACCUGUUAGCUUUGGAAAUGGAAAGCCCAAGUGCCAACUGCAGCAGUAUUCGGUUCAAAACACCACCAGAGGCAUCCACGAAGUGGAAAAAGUUAUUCCGUGGAUCGAAAGCGGACCUAGAGACGUUCUCCGACGAAGGGGACGAAAACAGCUUCUCCGGAAGUGAACGGAGAUCGCCACUGUUGAAGUUGGGAUCGCAGCAGCGGGUGGUCUGCACAACUAGUAAAAAACGGAUCCAUUUCCAACGCCGAAGGCCAACAGCUGCAGAGAAAGGAUCUACGGGAGGGCUGAAGCCGUGCAGUAUUUUUACGCCUUUGAGCAAACUCAAGCCCACCCAACUCAUCGGUUCCGGCACAGAUUCGGAUUGGCGCAGUUUCUUCAGCAAUUCGUUCGAAGUCAACCAGAGCUUUCCCCGCAUCGCAACCAACCGUCGAGAAAGACGCCGUCGGGAUGAGGACCAGCGCUGGCUGCUGAGCACGCCGCUCCGUUUCCAUCGCGUCGGGCCAUCGGCUGCCACCACCGGCAAAGGAAAACAUCAACGCUCGGCCUUCAUGGAUCGCGUCCGGGUGGACGGUGCCAACGGGUUACGCUUCACGGCGUUGCGUCCCAAAGGAUGCCUCUCGCAUGGGGUCAAUUCGCCGUACAAUAAUUCCUACGUGGCCUCGACUUCCGAGUCAAUCGGUCGUCUACCGAAGAGUGGAAUCAAUCCCAAUAAGGCGGUUUUCACGAUCGAUUCCAAGACGUCGCAGAUUUUGAUUGUGAACCGCAAUGCAUGUGAUUUGUUGGGUUACAGUUCCAAAGAAUUGUGUGAAAUGCAGUUUGCCAGUUUGUUGCCUAAUAAGAACAAGAUGCAUGUCUCUGCGCUGGCGGAGGGGCAGCUGAAUAGUGAGGACGGCACUGUGAUCAUACUGAGCGGGAAGGUGGUUGAGUUAUGCACAAAAUCUGGUGAGAAUGUGGCUGUUUCCCUAUGGGUGAGACAAAUCGAUAGCGAGUCGAGGUGUUUGGCAGUUGCCGAGCCGGUUGAAAGGAGAGUCGCACAACUGCUAGUAGAUAAGAGCGGCUACAUAGUUUCAGGAGACUAUGAGGCAUUGUUGCUGUUUCAAUUAGAUUCGAUUGAAAAAUUCAACGGGAUGGACGUUACACUGCUGGUGCCGGCAAUCCAGUUGCCCGAUGCUGAUAACAGUAUGAUUGCCAAACAAAUUCGGAAGCAGAAAGCGACUGGGAAAACAGCGGAAGGAGUGGCAUUUCCGCUAUGUCUGAUGAUUUCGCAUCACGACUCCGGCACGGACACCACCGAUAGUGGCCUAUCAAAUCCAAACCAUCUGUACAUUAUCACGAUUUGGGUUUUCACCAACAUCUCCGGGUUGAUUGUGAUCGACGAAAACUCCGUCAUAGAGUCGUGCAAUCACCAUUUUUCAAUGCUGAUGUUCGGAUAUCCCCAAAGCAAGAUUAUCGGAGAGCACAUUACGAAGAUUCUGCCGAAUUUUGGCCAGGAGUGCGACUAUCUCGGCUUUAUGAACCGAAGUCGGAAUGCGACACUUUCGUCAUUGGAUAAUGACGAGUCAGAAACGGAGACGGAUCACGUGGAUUUUGAGAAUAAGGAAGAGUUUAUACACAAUGCGAUCAACAAUAUGAAGCGCAACUCGGAUGUGGCUUGCAGUCCUGUGAAGGAGACAAGGAAAGUGUGCUUAGACUUUACAACGACCUCUACGAGCAAUAACCGAACGGAGGUUACAUCUUGUUCAGUCUCAUCGAAUUCAGCAACCGAUCAAGCGGUGCCCCAGGAGAAACCACAAAUCUUACCGGAGCCGACAGAGUCCAGUAGCCUAUUCAGUGCUAUCAUAGUUAGUUCCGUGCCAGAAAACCUGCUCUAUUUGGAGAGUAAUAGCGAAAAUAAUCGAAACUACGCAAAUCUAUCCAGCUCUGCAAGUUGCAAUGCACUAAAAUCGUCUACUUCGGUAGUAACUUCAAGCACAGCAAGAGAAGCACUUACCAAACCACCAGCGCUGGAGGACUGCUCGAACCCGGUUGAUUGCGACUUGCUGACGCCCGUUAACGAGUGUUUGAAUCUGUUGAGCGGAAAAAACAACUCAGUCGGAAGUCCAUCCAAGGAGCAACUCUAUACGUCCGAGGAUCUCAAUUCGGUGCUGUUGAAGAACUCCACAAGUCUUGAUUAUUCUGCUCCCAAGAGUGCACCUCCAACGGUAACCACACCACGCUACAUAAAACCCUACGAGCUAGCAAAGACGAUGGUUACAUCAACGCCUGACCAACAGAAACGCCAUUCUGCCGUCGGUACAAUCCCUGUACCAAGUGGGCCCCGGAGGUCCAUCUAUUCGGAUGGGAAGUACCGCGGGGAGGCGAUUCACUAUGAUGAAAAUGUGAUCGAUAUUCUGUACACAAUUUCUAACCAAACGCUCCCUUGCGGCAGGAAGGUUUACUGUAUCUGGGUUAGCCGCGAUCCGGACUCGUCGUACAACAACCUCGAGGACGAGGAUAAGCAUCAGAAUCUAACGCUAACCUUCAACAGUAUUACGAGUACGGUGGACAAUUCGCUCGGACAGGCCAUCAAACACACGGCGGCCGCGCAACACUCGGAACGACCAAGCUCGGUGUCCCGCAUGUCGCAGUGUGACGAUGAAUUGACUCACGGCGAGUACAGCAAGUAUUACACUUUGGUGAGGCACAUCGGGAAGGGCGCUUACGGGUACGUGAAAUUGAGUCACCGGAACUCGGAUAGAUUGUUGGUGAUAUCAAAGUUCAUACUGAAGGAAAAGCUCGUUCCGCAAUUUAUGAUAACGACCGACGACAAACGGGAGAUUCCCAUGGAAGUGUACCUGUUGAUGCACGUGAAACAUCCGAACAUCGUUAACAUGUUCGACUGGUUUGAGAACGACAAGUUCUUCCAGGUGGUGAUGGAAAUUCACGGUUCCGGGAUGGACCUGUUCGAGUUCAUCGAUCGACGACCCGUCAUGACGGAGAAGUUGGGUUGCUGGAUAUUUCGACAAAUCGCAAACGCAGUUGCGUUCCUUCACUCGUUGAACAUCCUGCAUAGGGACAUCAAGGAUGAGAACGUUAUAAUCGACCAUAAUUUCCAUAUCAAACUGAUCGACUUCGGAUCGGCGACAUUUGUCCAGGAGGGGCAACUGUUUUCAACUUUUUACGGAACGACCGAGUAUUGUAGCCCGGAAGUGUUGGCCGGCAACCGAUAUUCGGGACCAGAGCUGGAAAUGUGGGCACUAGGGGUCACGCUGUUCGUGCUGAUGUUUUUCGAAAACCCAUUCGUGGACGUAGAGGAAAUCCUGCAAUCCGAUCUGAUUAUACCGCAUGAAAUCAGCGACGAACUGGAGUACGUGUUGCUCUCGUUGCUGGACAAGAACCCCAAAACACGAAUCACCAUCAAAGAUCUAUUGGAGACCGAAUGGAUGGCACAGGAAAUCAAUCCGUCGCAGUUCAAUUUCGCCAAAAUUAUCCCCUGUGAGCCAUACGAAACUAAUCCGGAGAAGUAUUACGUAGAUCCCAAUAUUUGUUCCAGCCAAACAGGCCUUUCCACUUCACCGCAUAGUCUCUCGAUGGUGGAUGACGUUGAUGGGGAAGACGAUGACGAGCACGCUCAUAUGGACGAUUCUUUCAUCGAUCCCGAUGAAAUGUUGGAUGACGACAUUUGUCCUCUCUCGCAUGACGACGAACUCGGUCACGAUGAUAAUCAUUCGGGUAGAUCGAUGAACAUCUUGUCCACCGGGCUUACCAGCCUAUCGUUGAAGGAACCGGAUGGCACGUGUAUCAGUUUGGUGGAUGGCGAUCGGAUUGGACAGUCCACUUCAACGCACUCUACAACAGGGGUUGCUCCACUAGAAGACAGUUGUGAUACAGAGGACAAUGAAAUACUGCUGGUGGUGUUGAAUGGUGAUGAUGAUGAAGAGGAGAGGAAGGAUGAGAUUGAUGAUGAUGAUGAUGGUGGAGAUGAAGGUGGGGAGGUGACAGCGGAAGCGAUAUCACUACGGGAACCGUCCAGUAGCAGUUGCAGGGCUGGUGAGGGUGGAGGGCAUCCCAGCCCGUACAAUUCCCCUAGCAAAAGUGAUCGACGCAGAAGACAGCAACAACAACAGAGACGAAGACGCGCAUGGGAAACGAACCGCUCGGUUAUCGUCGUGACGCCGCCAGGUACUGAUAGUAGCAGUAAGGUUGAGGUGGAGGGCAGCGAGUGUGACUAUACCAAUGACAGCUUUGAAGAGGAUGAAGACGAUGGCGUGGAACCUCGGAUGAGUUAAUCUCUUUUCCAGCAUUCUUUUUUACGAACCAAAUAAAACGAUACUCAUUGUGUUUGAUAUUUAAUCCAGUUUAGAAAAAAAAGCACACGUGGCGUUAUAAAUAGAUAUGAUUUAUUUUUUAGUAUGCGAAAGAAGCUAUAAAACUAGUGUAGAUUCACUGAUAGGAUAGUGCAAUGCUGACUCUCUAUAGCAAAAUCCUUAGGAAUAAUUGGAAUGAGUCGUAACCAACAGUAACAGUAGUAUUAGUAGGAAAAUAAAAAUAAACAAGUUUACCAAAAAAUGAAAGCACAUUGAUACACAAGCAAGUUUAGAAGCAUCUAUCAGAUCAGAUUAUAUCAUUGUUGAACAGAUUAUUGAUUUUAAAAUAUAAAACUGAAAAAUACAACCAUUUGCAAGUCAAAUGCUAAAAUGAAGUUGAAAGAAAUCAAUCUUUUUCUGAAAGCGCGAAUAAAUUUCUUACUUGAGUAAAAAAAAUGUGGAGGUUGCUUGUUUUGUGAAAGAAAACUCAUUUCUAACUUAUUUCCAUCUGUUUAUUUCACAUCUAUUGCAUACAUAGUUGCAUUUUUGUUUGUUUUUAUACAUUUGAUAAUAUAGUAUAAUAACUCCAAUUGUGUGAGUUCCUUUAGUUUGUAUAUUAUUACUAUUUCUUCAACAAUUAAUUUUAUCUCUUUUCAAUACUACGAACAAUACGCGCUACUGAUUUGUCCAGUUAGGUUUUUUUUUUCACCCAAAACAAAAUUCCAAUUCUAGCCAAUAGAAAAUCUCUAAACACAGUUUAAUGUACGUCUUUCUCAAGAUGUUAAAAAGCACAUUGAUUUCGUUUUUCUUUUCCUAAUUUUCCGUCGUCUGUAGUGUAUAGCGCAAAAUUGCAAUGACUCAAUUGAGCAUUUUAUUGUUUGUUUAAAAUUUGUCUAGCAUACUUUUAGUUCUUCCUUCAGUAGAUCAAAUACCUUGUUAAUGUGUAUGUGUGGCAGCCAUAAUUGACAGAAAAUCAUAACGAUCAGCAGCUUUCCAUUUGUUUCAGUGUUCGAGCUCAUGGUAUGUCAAAUGUUGGAAGAACUUUGUACAAAAGUGAGUAAUGAAUUAAUAGCAGCGCCUAUCUUUUAUGAAAGAUGCAAGGUAAGUGGAUUGAGUAAUGUUUUCAUUGGCUCAUGUGUUUAUUGAUUACGGUAUCAGUUGUUCGACUGACUAAAAACAAAGGAUAUAUUAGGGGAAGUUGUUCAAUGAUACGAUUAAAAAAUGUACGGAGUGUUCAACAAUAGACGUUAUGGCGUUCAAAAUUUUCAGGAUUAUGCCACUUUUAGUCUAUUUUAGAAAAUUCACUUAUCGAACAGUUCUCAUUUACACAAGAAGCGGUUACCCUCAGUAUAGUCGAGAAAAAUUAAAAAAAAAAUAAAACUCGACUCAAAACUAUUCAAAUAAAAAAACCCUGAUUAAUCCACCUAGCGGUGAUGGUGCCUUUCUCGUACAAGUUAAAAAUUGUAUUUUGUCCAUAACUUCCGAUCCCAUAGUCCGAUCCGGUUAACUUUCAAUAGGAAACUCUCCGGCAAUAGGAUGCAAAGACAAAAUAACGGAUUAUGGGGCCCUCCUUAGCCAUGAGGUAAGACGCGCGGCUACAAAGCAAGACCAUGCUGAGGGUGGCUGGGUUCGAUUCCCGGUGCCGGUCUAGACAAUUUUCGGAUUGGAAAUUGUCUCGACUUCCCUGGGCUUAAAAGUAUCAUCGUGUUAGCCUCAUCAUAUACGAAUGCAAAAAUGGUAACCUGGCUUAGAAACCUCGCAGUUAAAAACUGUGGAAGUGCUUAAUGAACACUAAGCUGCGAGGCGGCUCUGUCCCAGUGUGGGGAUGUAAUGCCAAUAAUAAUAAGAAGAAGAAGAGGAAGGGCCUGCAGUCCACGAUGUGAAGAAUGGUCUCAUUAUCUCUGCGCAGUUGAUAUCGGAGCAGAGGGUUACGCAGGAGUUGCUUGAUUCUACCAACAUUGGGCAACCACCAAACAGAGGGAUUGCAUCGUGUAUCGACCGCCCAUCUAUCGCGAGUAGUGCAUCGUCGGAGUUGCCACCAAUAGACAACCUUGGGACAAUAACAAACACAUCAAAAACAAGAAAUGACAUUUGUUUUAUUAUCAUUUUUCAUUUAUCAACGAGCUUUCUUCGAUCUAGUACCCAUUUCAAUUCCCCUUCUAUUCCUCGAUAUCUCCUUUUUCUCGUGAAUAAUUCAUUAUUUUAAGGUCACUCCUCACGGAAUCCAAGUUUCAAAGUGCUCGCGUUUUCGGGGGCACACCACUCGAUACGGAGGCGGCGCACAAUUGUCAUUUUUGUUAAUUUAGCUUUGCUGCGUCGCAGCAUGCGUGAAAAAAUAAAAAUGACAGUUGUGCGUGCUUCCGUAUCGAGUGGUGUGCCCCGAAAACGCGAGCACUUUGAAACAUGGAUUCCGUGAGGAAUGGCCUUAAAUGGAAAAAUUUCUAUAGCGCACUGCACGGACUGCGUUGUCUCUUUCUCACUGCAAAGAAAUUAGAAAACAACAAGGCCGGUAAAUGUCAAAAUAUAUGAAGAACGAAAGAGGAAGAGAUCUUUCCGUGCAGUGCCCUAUAGAUCCGUCAAGAUUAUUUGGGCUAAUAAACCCAAAAAAUUGAUUUUUUUUUGCAAAUCGUAGAGAAUUCUUAAGGACGAACUUUUGGAAUCCAAUGUUUAUUCACCUCGCGUUUUCAAGGGCACCACUAUCAAUACUGAAGCAAAAAGCAACUGUCAUCUCUUUAAUCUAUGGUUGCUGCGUCGCUCUCAGCAAAGUCAAAAUAGAAAGAUGACAGUCAUCGGUUGCUUCUUUGGUUAGAUUGGUGCCUCUGAAAAUUCGAGGUGAAAUUUAUUUAGAUUCUGGAAAAUUUCACCUUUAAAUCAUGUGAGGAUUUUGUUCGGAACUUGAUGUCCAAACUGAUCUGCGGAAAUUUAAUUAAAUUGUUUUUUAAUAAAAUUUAAUGCAAAUACCACUGCCGGUACUUUCAUAUCAGUUUCAUAUCAGUGGUUUUUCGCAUACUGAGACAAUAGCCGAUGAAGUUUCGAACCGCGUGUCUCAUGUAAAAAAUCUAAUAAAUUCAAACAUUUUGCGAUUGUGAUAAAGUUUUGCAUAGUCCAUCAUUGGAUGAGUUAACAUAAAAUGAUUUAUAUCGUGGAAAAAAAAAGUGUUUAUGUAAAUUUAUAAUGGAACUGGUAUGUUGGUACAUCCAAUAUAGGACAAGGUAGGUUUGGUAUUUUUUUUUCACACUUCUCCGGAACAAUGUCUCAUUUUUUAUCAUGUUAUGUGGAAGUAUGAUAAAAUUGAAUGCUAUUCAAUGCUGAUAUGCGAGUACCAGCAGAUCAUGUCAUGACGAAGUCAUUUUCUCUAUUUGUUCAUUUGUUUUUUGUUCGACCCAUCUCUCUGAACGUGUACGCACCUCUAGUCAAAACAAACGCAACUUCACGGUUUUCUCUGUUUAUUUGUAUUUUUUUUAAUUAAAGCCACACAUUUGCCAUUUUACAUUCCGUCUAUUAAACGGUGAAAAAGUGGAGAUUUAUUCUAAAUGUUGGCUUUUAUGAAGUUUAUGAAGCUAAAAAGUCUAUCAUAUUUUCGUGACGAUUUUCAAUUUUUUGCAAUCGUAAAGUGUACCCUAAUAUAGAAAAGACAAACGUAGUUCUACGUCAAAAAAAUUAUGUACACUGAAAAAAUCGUUCACGACAGUCUUAAAUCUAAAAUUCGAAAAAGAGUUAUGGCCAGGGUUUGCAGAAAUCGCUCUCGAAAGAUAACGAACAACGAUAAAAGAGAAGCAAAAACCUCCUCGAAUCAUAACAAAAACAUGAAAAUCGCACUUGUAUACAAGUUGAAAAAAAACUCUUCUUUUCGUUGUUUCCCGUCUUUUUUGUAUGUCUUCCAUUCCUUCCCUUUCCUAUUGUGUAUUUGUGAUC